AUGCCCUUGAUAAUCAUUACAAAUCGUCGAAGCACAAGCGUAAGCUUGUGGACAGGCCCUUGCAAUAUGGCCCUUCACAAUCUCUGCUGGCAUGGCGGGACUGAGGCCCACAAGAAGGUGGCAGAUGCUCUCGCUGCCGGGCAGACAGUCCAUCCUGACAUCUACAAGACGUACAACACUAGGACCAAGGAGAUCAACCCAAACCAUCUCUAA